AUGGCUCCAGGAUCAGCUGCUCUCGCUCUCAAGGUGGCCGCCGUCGUUGCUGUUCUCGCCAUGCUAGUCGUGCCUUCCUUGGGGCGCUGUCGUUCACCCGCACCGCCGCCACCGUCACCGCCACCACCAACUCCAACUCCCACACCACCACCACCGCCGCCAGCUCUCAUACCACCACCUCCGGCAGUGCUGCUGCCACCAAACCCUGCACCCGCGCCAGCACCGGGGCCAGGGCCGGUGAUAUCCUGCCCCGAGUGUUCUUAUCAGUGCUGCUACGCCUUCGUUACCGCGAAAUGCAGCAGUGCUUGCGACGCAGUUGAACCUUCCUGCAACUCCUGUAGGACCCAGGUGUCCGCGCUCUGCAGGGCCGACAAAAACUGCACCGGCAGCUGCGAUGAGUGCAACGACACCAUCAACAAUUCAUGCAUCAGCGCCUGCACUACCCGAUACUGUGACGCCUGCACGAGGGGGCGGAGCGGGGAGUGCCGAGAUAACUGCAGCGAGCAGUGCUCCCCGCCUAACUGCAUACCCUGGAGUCCUCAGAACUAG